UCCAUUUCGGGACCCGAGUGUAUGUUUCUUGGGUGACCUCUUUUCUGGUCGAGAUAGCCUUCUUAAACCAUCUAAAACCCGAUGUCCCAUCUCGAGCUUUAGGGUUUUACUACCAAAGAAGAGACCUUACUCCGCUCUAUGGCCGCUUCCUCUUCCUUCUCCGCGUUCGCGUCCCUCUCCAGGCGCCUCCGCGCUCCUCCUACUAGUCACCCGCUUCUCCUCCCUGCCGCCGUACGCUUCUCCUCCUCCUCCUCUUCCUCUUCCUCCUCCGACGCCGACUCAGAAAAUUUCCCCUCGUACACGGACGAAACCUCUCACCCUUCACUUUCCUCCCCCUCCGCCGCCGCCUCCGCCGCCGAAGAUGCCACAGCCGUCGGCGAGACCCCCCAGCGGCUUCGUCCCUUCCAGCGCCCCCUAGAGAACGGCCUUGAUCAAGGCGUUUACAAGGCGAUCCUUGUGGGGAAGGUGGGACAGCGGCCGGUGCAAAAGAACCUGAGGAGCGGGCGCGCCGUGGUUCUCUUCUCGCUGGGGACUGGAGGGAUCCGGAACAACCGCCGGCCGCUUGACAAUGAGGAGCCGAGAGAGUAUGCAGAACGGUGCGCUGUGCAGUGGCACAGGGUCAGUGUGUACCCUGACCGGCUCGGCAGCCUCGCCCUCAAGCACGUCAAGCCUGGGUCGAUUUUGUAUUUGGAGGGCAACCUGGAGACUAAAGUCUUUAGUGACCCAAUUAGUGGACUUGUUAGGCGCAUAAGAGAAGUUGCAAUCCGCCGUGAUGGUCGACUUGUUUUUCUUGGUGAUGAAGGCAAGGCUGCUGAAUCUGAUCAAGGAGAUCCAAAAAACGUUGGUUAUUACUGAGACAAAGCUUGAUGUUAUCUUCAACAAGCCACUGCUGCGGAUGCAAUAAGGCACACUACAACCUGGUUGAAAUCUCAAAGAAGCAUCACCGUUGUGAUUUCUUGUUGAUUUCAUUCUUCACUAUGUGUGGAACCUCCUGACUUUGUGCUGCAAUGCUUGUGACUGACUGGAAAAUGGGUACCCAAAUCUGCAGCCAAGACUAAAUGCUACAUUAACUAGAACUUGGCCGUCAGUUGUUGUUUGUUCAUCAUUUGAAUCUAAUUAAGAGUAGCCAUUACUUAA